UAGCAUGUGGGUGUGAGAGAGAACGUGGGAAUAAUUGAAUGAGACUCAGAAAUCUGGAGCCUCUGCAGGGAUAAUUCAUUUUCUAAAAAAGAAAAAAAUUGCUUAAAAUGAAUCGGUUGUUCAUUUCUUCUCUACUUGCAGGGAUCACAUGUGAGGCUGUUGCAUGGAAGACCCUUAUUUAAACACCCCCCAUUCUUCUUCUUGGAAAUGCCAGUAAAUGUAAAUACAUUCAUUCCCAAUAGUACUUCCUUACCAAUCUUGUUCUUCUUCUUUCUUCUCCAAACAUAUAUUGCCUUCGAACUUCCAAGAAAUGGCAAAAAUCAUUGUUGCAUUAGCCAUCUUACUUGGAUUCUGCUAUCUAGCUAGCACCGUGCAUGCCUUCACGGCUUCUGGCUGGACUAAAGCUCAUGCCACAUUUUAUGGAGGCGGCGAUGCUUCGGGAACUAUGGGGGGAGCUUGUGGGUAUGGGAACUUGUAUUCGACUGGCUAUGGAACAAGGACUGCUGCUUUAAGUACUGCCUUGUUCAAUAAUGGAGCUUCAUGUGGACAAUGCUAUAAGAUCAUGUGUGACUAUCAGACAGAUCCCAGAUGGUGCAUAAAAGGAACAUCCGUGACCAUUACAGCAACAAACUUUUGUCCUCCUAACUUUGCUCUCCCAAACAAUGCCGGAGGCUGGUGCAAUCCACCCCUCCAGCACUUCGACAUGGCUCAGCCUGCCUGGGAAAAGAUCGGUAUCUACAGAGGCGGAAUUGUGCCCGUUUUGUUCCAAAGGGUUCCUUGCAAGAAGCAUGGUGGAGUGAGGUUCACGAUCAAUGGAAGAGACUAUUUCGAGCUUGUUAUGAUUAGCAAUGUUGGUGGCGCAGGAUCUAUCCAGUCUGUGUCCAUCAAGGGAUCCAAAACUGGGUGGAUGGCAAUGUCAAGGAACUGGGGAGCUAACUGGCAAUCCAACGCCUAUCUCAAUGGCCAAUCAUUGUCGUUCAGGGUCACCACUACUGAUGGUGUGACUCGACUAUUUCCUGACAUCGUGCCUGCAAAUUGGGGUUUUGGCCAGACUUUCUCUAGCAAACUACAAUUCUAAGUUUAGUAUUUAAAGUUCAGGGUUUGGGGUUUAGUUUCCGGCAGAGGUGUGCUUAUUAUUUUACAAAAGCUGCCCGCCAUAUCGUAUGAGAUGAAGUGAAUGAAUCCUUGAACUCUUACAUUACCUUUUUAUGCUUUUCAUAUACGAAAGUGGAACCAAGUUUAAAACUAUUUGAAGUGGUCGUAAUUAACUGUCAAUAAGAAGCCCAAGCAAAACAUUGCAGCUUCACCAUUUUGUAAAUUUUGAUUUCACAUAUUAAUGUGUUUAUGAUUCAUUCUA